AUGUCAAUUGUUUCUAAUGAAUUGAGAUUAUACAGACAGUAUAUUUUGCUGUUUCCAAAUGCUUUAUCACCUAAUGUAAUGGAUUGUAGAUUUGGAAGAUCUAUGCAUUACCUAAAUAUACAAUAUAUUAGCAAUACCUUGAAUUACAAAUGAACUAUUAUAGAAA